UCGAUUUGGAACGGCGUAGUUGCAAGUUGUGUCUGUGCGCUGGAAGGAAGGAAAUGAAGAAGUUCCGCGCCAAGGCGAGCUCCCUGCCCAUUUUCAACGGUCGCAUAACCGACGCCACCACACUGACUACCUCCUCGCUGCAGCUGCCGUUGGGCCAGGUCCCGCCGAGAAAGCCCUCCACCACCUGCACUCGGGUGUUGCCCACGGUUUUCACAAUCACUGACGGUACCACUGGAGCGGCCAGCACCUCUCUGGCGGAGGCCAUGUCCAGCAACAAGGCUCACGGGCCAUCGUCCGGCAAGCAGGAGCACCUCCUGCAACUGGAAGUCCCCAGGGAGGAGGCCCUGGCUGUGGUGGGGCCCGAGUUGGCCAACUAUGAAAAAGUGCGAGUGGUGGGACAGGGAUCCUUUGGAAUAGCCAUCCUCUACCGUCGCAAAUCCGACGGCCACCAGAUAGUCUUUAAGCAGAUAAAUCUCAGUGAACUCACUCCUCCUGGCAGGGAUCUGGCCAUGAAUGAGGUGGAUGUGUUCUCAAAGCUGCAUCAUCCAAAUAUAGUGAGUUAUCUGGGAAGCUUCAUCAAGGACAAUACUCUGCUCAUUGAAAUGGAGUACGCGGAUGGAGGCACUCUGGCCCACAUCAUAGCCGAGCGUCAGGGCAAGGUGCACUUUCCGGAGAGGUACAUCAUCGCGGUUUUUGAACAGAUUUCCAGUGCCAUUAAUUAUAUGCACUCCGAGAAUAUCCUACAUCGAGAUCUUAAAACAGCGAAUGUAUUCUUGAACCGACGUGGCAUCGUGAAGAUUGGGGACUUUGGAAUUUCCAAGAUAAUGAAUACGAAAAUCCAUGCCCAGACUGUGCUAGGUACUCCCUACUACUUCAGCCCGGAGAUGUGCGAGGGAAAGGAGUACGACAACAAGAGCGAUAUAUGGGCUCUGGGUUGCAUCCUGGGUGAAAUGUGCUGUCUGAAGAAAACAUUCGCCGCAUCCAAUCUCUCCGAGCUGGUCACCAAAAUAAUGGCGGGAAACUACACACCCGUGCCUUCGGGUUACACUUCCGGACUACGCAGUCUCAUGUCCAAUCUGCUCCAAGUAGAAGCUGCUCGGAGACCCACAGCCUCGGAGGUGUUGGUCUAUUGGAUUCCAUUGAUAUUCCGAAGUUUGGGAAAGAACAAGGGAUAUUCCUACGAGGAAGACGUUAGUGGCGCUAGUGGAAAUCUCCUGGCGGCUACUGCACCCGGCGCCGUCCACAGCAGUGUGUCCUUGGAGCUGGAACUGCCCACAGCCCAGACCGAAACGAAGCAGCUGAUGAGCGCAGACACUGCCGCGCCUCAUGAGAUCCUUGAAAAACGAUCCGUCCUCUACCAACUGAAAGCCUUUGGAACCAGCUUUAGCAUGGCACCCAUCCAGCUGCCUCCUAAAGCUGUCAUCGUGGAUGUGGCCAUGUCCGACUCUCAUUUCGUGGUGGUCAACGAGGACGGAUCGGCCUAUGCCUGGGGAGAAGGUACCCACGGUCAGCUGGGGCUCACCGCUCUGGAGGCUUGGAAGCACUACCCCAGUCGCAUGGAGAGCGUUCGCAACUACCACAUUAUUGGAGCCUGUGCGGGUGAUGGCUUCACCAUCCUGGUCACCCAGGCGGGCAGCUUACUCAGCUGCGGCAGCAACGCCAAUCUGGCCUUGGGCCACGAUGAGCAACGCAACUACCACAACCCCAAGCUAGUGGAACGUCUGGCGGAUGUGCGGGUGGAGCAAGUAGCUGCCGGGUUGCAUCAUGUCCUGGCGCUUAGUCGCGAAGGAGCUGUGUAUGUGUGGGGCACAAGCUUGUACGGAGCUCUGGGACUAGGAAACUACCAGCAGCAACAAAAAUUCCCACAAAAGAUCCUACUCUCCCACGUGAAGACCAAGCCAUCCAAAAUAUUUUGUGGGCCGGACACAUCCGCCGUAUUAUUCACCAACGGAGAGAUUCACGUUUGUGGCUGCAAUGACUAUAACAAGUUGGGUUUCCAAAGAGCAGGAAAGAUAACAGCCUUUAAAAAGGUGCAAUUGCCACACAAGGUCAUCGAAGCCUGCUUCUCGUCCACCCAUUCAGUGUUCCUGGUGGAGGGCGGAUAUGUCUACACCAUGGGCCGAAAUGCGGAAGGGCAGCGCGGGAUAAGGCACUGCAAUGCGGUGGACAAUCCCACCAUGGUGGACUCCAUCAAAGCCCGCUAUAUUGUGAAAGCAAACUGCAACGAUCAGUGCACCAUUGUUGCCUCGGAGGACAAUAUCAUCACCGUGUGGGGCACUCGCAAUGGUUUGCCUGGGAUUGGUUCCACCAACAGUGCUUUGGGGCAGGAGAUCUUCACCCACAGUACCGAACUGGAGCUGGGUAACAAUACGGCGGCGUUCACCAACUUCCUGGCCUCCGUUUACAAGUCGGAGCUGAUACUGGAACCUGUGGAUAUACUGGCUUUGUACUCAUCCAAGGAGCAGUGCGACCGUGGUUACUACGUUCAGGUCCAUGAUGUUUAUCCCUUGGCCCACAGUGUCCUCGUUCUGGUGGACACCACCACACCUCUUAUCGCCUCCUACGAGGGAGAGUGCCCCCAAGCAUAGCUUCAAUAAAUGAGAUUUUGGUUACUUCUUGUCAUAUAUGUAUGUUGUAUUAUUAGUAAUACAUUUAUUGGAUUCAAAAUGUAAUUGUAGAAUCUUAAGCUACAACUAAAACGAUCUAAAAUAGAAAGUAGCGUCUAAAC